GAGAAAGAGAAGUAAUUUAGAGACAAAGAGAGUGAGUAUAUUAGGCCAAGAGAGAGAAAGUGGAAUAGGAGAGAGAGAGGUUUGGUGUUUGGGUGUCUCUUGUUCUGGUAGGGGUGGCUUUGUUGUUCUUGUUCUUGUUGUUGGGUUCUAUAUUCGGCUACCUUUCUUCCCAUGUGUGAGCUUUGAAGGCAUGGAAGGUUUUCUUCCAUAAAUGCUUCGCUGGGGCUAGUUAAACCAUUUCAUUGUCGAUCUAGUUCAUACUUGCUCAUUUUGGUGCUUGUCUAAUCCAAGACGAGGCGGUUACCAUGUCAUCUCUCAGUAGGGAGUUGGUGUUCUUGAUCUUGCAGUUUUUGGAUGAAGAAAAGUUCAAAGAGACUGUUCACAAGCUUGAGCAGGAGUCUGGGUUUUUCUUUAACAUGAAAUAUUUUGAGGAUGAAGUGCACAAUGGCAAUUGGGAUGAAGUUGAGAAGUACCUCUCUGGUUUCACAAAAGUAGAUGAUAAUAGGUAUUCUAUGAAGAUAUUUUUCGAGAUAAGGAAGCAGAAGUACCUGGAGGCAUUGGAUAAGCACGACCGGUCCAAGGCUGUAGAAAUAUUAGUGAAAGAUUUGAAAGUCUUUGCCACGUUUAAUGAAGAACUGUUCAAGGAAAUCACACAGCUUUUGACCUUGGAGAAUUUUAGGGAAAACGAACAGUUGUCUAAGUAUGGUGAUACGAAGUCUGCUAGAGCUAUCAUGUUGGUUGAACUCAAAAAAUUGAUUGAGGCAAAUCCCUUAUUUCGUGACAAAUUGCAAUUUCCCAACCUUAAAAACUCAAGGUUACGGACUCUCAUCAAUCAAAGCUUGAAUUGGCAGCAUCAGCUUUGUAAGAAUCCACGGCCAAAUCCAGAUAUAAAAACACUUUUUGUUGAUCACUCAUGUGGACAACCAAAUGGUGCACGGGCCCCUUCACCUGCUAAUAGUCCGCUAUUAGGAUCAUUACCAAAGGGUGGAGGAUUUCCUCCUCUUGGUGCACAUGGGCCUUUUCAACCUACUCCAACACCUGUGCCAACACCCCUAGCUGGUUGGAUGUCAAAUCCUACCACUGUAGCACAUCCUGCAGUUUGUGGAGGAGGAGCUAUAGGUCUUGGUGCACCAUCAAUCCCUGCUGCUUUGAAGCACCCUAGAACCCCUCCAGCAAAUCCUUCUGUUGACUAUCCAUCUGGAGAUUCAGAUCAUGUUUCUAAGAGAACAAGACCAAUGGGAAUGUCAGAUGAGGUAAAUCUACCUGUCAAUGUCUUGUCGGCAACAUUCCAAGGCCAUGGUCAUGGUCAGGCUUUUAAUGCACCUGAUGACUUGCCAAAGACUGUCAUGCGAACUCUGAACCAAGGCUCAUCUCCUAUGAGCAUGGACUUUCAUCCAGUUCAACAGACAUUACUUCUUGUUGGUACAAAUGUGGGGGACAUUGCUUUGUGGGAAGUGGGCUCUAGGGAGCAGUUGCUCUUGAGGAAUUUCAAAGUUUGGGAUCUUAGUGCUUGUUCCAUGCCAUUUCAGGCUGCUCUUGUCAAAGAUCCAGGAGUUUCUGUCAACCGUGUGAUUUGGAGUCCUGAUGGGGCUUUAUUCGGAGUUGCUUACUCAAGGCACAUUGUUCAGAUAUAUUCUUACCAUGGUGGGGAUGAUGUUCGACAGCAUUUGGAGAUUGAUGCUCAUGUUGGUGGAGUAAAUGAUCUAGCAUUUUCCCACCCAAAUAAGCAGCUAUGUGUGAUAACCUGCGGUGAUGAUAAGACCAUUAAGGUUUGGGAUGCUGCUACGGGGGCAAAGCUGUAUACUUUUGAAGGUCAUGAGGCUCCAGUUUAUUCAGUCUGCCCACAUUAUAAAGAAAACAUUCAGUUCAUCUUUUCAACGGCAUUAGAUGGAAAGAUAAAAGCAUGGUUGUAUGACAAUUUGGGAUCUCGUGUUGAUUAUGAUGCUCCUGGCCAUUGGUGUACAACCAUGGCUUAUAGUGCUGAUGGAGCUAGACUCUUUUCAUGUGGGACAAGUAAGGAUGGGGAAUCCUCUAUUGUUGAGUGGAAUGAAAGUGAAGGAGCUGUGAAAAGGACUUAUCAAGGAUUUCGGAAACGAUCUUUGGGUGUUGUACAAUUUGAUACAACCAAAAAUCGAUAUUUGGCUGCUGGUGAUGAUUUCUCCAUUAAAUUCUGGGAUAUGGACAAUAUUCAGCUUUUGACAGCUGUCGAUGCUGAUGGUGCUCUCCCUGCAAGCCCACGGAUCCGUUUUAAUAAGGAUGGAGCUCUUUUAGCUGUCUCUGCAAAUGAGAAUGGAAUUAAAAUCUUAGCCAAUGCAGAUGGUAUUCGUUUAUUGCGUACAUUUGAGAAUUCUUUAUUUGAUACAUCAAGAACGCCGGAAGCCAUGACGAAGCCUACAAUAAAUCCAAUUUCAGCUGCUGCUGUAGCUGCAACUAGUGCUGCGCUUGCAGAGAGGGCCUCAUCUGUGGUAGCUAUUACUGGAGUGAAUGGGGAUGCCCGAAACUUGGGUGAUGUUAAACCUAGAAUAAGUGAAGAAUCCAAUGAUAAAUCAAAGAUAUGGAAGCUCACUGAAAUCAAUGAACCAUCUCAAUGUAGAUCCUUGAAGCUACCAGAGAGUGUAAGAGUGAACAAGAUAUCAAGGUUGAUAUAUACUAAUUCAGGUAGUGCCAUUCUCGCAUUAGCUUCCAAUGCCAUUCAUCUGCUCUGGAAAUGGCAGCGCAGUGACCGAAAUUCAUCUGGCAAGGCCACUGCCAAUGUGCAACCCCAAUUGUGGCAACCUUCCAGUGGCAUCCUGAUGACUAAUGACAUUACUGAUGGCAAUACUGAGGAUGCUGUUCCCUGCUUUGCUCUGUCUAAAAAUGAUUCUUAUGUAAUGUCAGCAUCGGGAGGGAAGAUUUCUCUGUUCAAUAUGAUGACUUUUAAGACAAUGACAACAUUCAUGCCUCCACCACCUGCAGCAACCUUUCUUGCUUUCCAUCCUCAAGAUAACAAUAUUAUUGCUAUAGGCAUGGAUGAUUCUUCUAUUCAGAUAUAUAAUGUUCGUGUAGAUGAGGUUAAAAGUAAACUCAAAGGUCAUACUAAAAGAAUAACUGGUCUUGCUUUUUCUCAUGCAUUGAAUGUGCUAGUUUCAUCUGGAGCAGAUGCUCAGCUUUGUGUGUGGAAUAUUGAUGGAUGGGAAAAGCAGAAGUCUAGAUUCUUGCAACUUCCUGCUGGGAGGACACCUUCACAGGCAGAUACCCGGGUACAAUUUCAUCAGGAUCAGUUCCGCUUCUUGGUUGUACAUGAAACUCAGCUUGCCAUUUAUGAAGCAACAAAACUAGAAUGUUUAAAGCAGUGGUUCCCACGAGAUUCUGCUGCACCAAUAUCACAUGCAACUUUCUCAUGUGAUAGCCAGCUCAUAUAUGCCAGUUUUUUAGAUGCAACAGUCUGUGUAUUUAGUGCUUCAAACCUUCGAUUAUGUUGUCGAAUCAAUCCGUCUGCUUAUCUUUCUGCGAGUGUCAGUUCUAAUGUACAACCUCUGGUUAUUGCUGCACAUCCUCAAGAGCCAAAUCAGCUUGCUGUAGGACUGUCGGAUGGUGGAGUUCAUGUCUUUGAGCCCCUUGAUUCUGAAGGCAAGUGGGGUGUGCCUCCACCCAUUGAGAAUGGCUCAACAAGCAAUGUGGCAGCUACUUCAGUUGGAGCUUCUUCUGAUGAAGCCCAGAGAUGAUCCAUGUCAGCCAAAGACAAGUUUCUUUUACAUACUUGGAUUGCUGGCCAUUUCAAGAAACUAGGAAUGUACUUAAGUUAAUGCAGGCUACUCUCUGAAUUAGAUGAUCAAUUGUGUUGUGUGCACCAUCACUUACCAGAGCAGUGGAUCAACCCAAAACCUAAACACAUGUAACUGCCAACAUAUGUGAAAAUUUCCAUCAAGUCUAAUGCUACAGUGUAGAAGUUCUCGAGUAUAAGCUUUUUCUGGCUAUUUAGUUUAGAUUGGUUAAUCCUAACUUCUCUUUUGUAAUCUCAUCGAGUUUGCAUGUAACUCACCAAGGACAUUCUUGUCUUCAUCGCUCACAUCUUAUUCAUAUAUAAAUGUAUAAUUUUUUAAACGGUGUAGUUUGUGGUUCAUGAUAUGUAAUUAGUAACCUGAAGAAUUCAAAGUGCUAAGUUGUUGAUUUGUUUUUUCCAAUUAAUUUAGGACCCAAGUGUUUGGAUUUAGAAUU